GGAAGAUGGGGCGUUACAAAUAUUCAGGAAAUUAUUGUUGCUUGUUUUCCACGUUACUUGUAUCACCUGGAGUGUACUGUAUGCUUUGUAUGCGCGGGUCUUUACGGUAUGACUGUUUUGUUUUCUUAAACGCCCCAGUAUAAAUACUAGACCGCAGCAUAUCGCACUAAGGGUCGUUUGUCAACAUUCUCCUCGUAGGGGGCCCGCCCGUGAUCCUGAUAACAUAAUACUAGGGGUCCUUAAGGAGUGAUUCAUGGGGGUCCUUCAGACACACCAAUGAAGAAAAAACCCAGAACUAUUCUGCGUCCCAAACGCAGCAGGCUGGUCAGUGCCAGCAAUGAAUACCCUACAGAAACAGGCACUGUGCUGGACUCCAGCAGCGCCCUACCAAAUUCUGAAACUGUCCCAGAGUCAGCUUCACCUGUGAAGCACCUGACUAUGUCACAGCACAGUCAGAAUCUCCUCAAGUUCUUGAAUGAGGACCGGACCCGGCAGAAGUUCUGCGAUGUGUCUGUGUCUGUGGGCGGAAAGCUCUACAAUGCCCACAAGGUGGUGUUGGCCCAUGGGAGCAGCUACUUCCAUGCUGAGUUGUCCAGAAAUCCUGCUACAACACACGUGACUCUUGACCAUGUGGAGGAGUGUGUUUUCCAGCACCUGCUUGGCUUUUUGUACACUGCUAAGUGUGUUGUUGCAGUGUCAGACCUCCAGGCUCUAACUGAAGCAGCCCGGUUCCUGGACAUGAUGGAUAUAUUAAAGCUGCUGUGUGAAGAAGGCCCCGUCCACCCUGUGCGUGUAUUACAGGCCCAGGGUGAGGUAAGGGGGCCUCCUGAGGUGGAAAUGACCUCCAGUGGCUCAACACCAGGUGAAACAGACAUCCAGAGCCCAUGGGAUGUUCAGAGCCCCCUGUGCAGUCGCCAGUUUAGCACUGAGGACUCCCUGCAGAGCCACGUGUCCGAGAGUCACAUCAAUGUACAGCAAGAAACGUCAACUGAGAAAGAGGAGAUGGCAGGUCAGAGAAGUUCGGUCACACGAAGAUCAGCUCGCAGGAGGAAAGCACCCACCAAGUAUCACAGAGACAAUGUGCAGUGCACCAUCAGUACUCCUGAAGAAAAACAAAGGACUGGAUCACCAAAACAGCAGGAUGAAGACAGAGAGGUCAUUGUGGAAAACCAAAUGCCCAAACUGAAUUUGCAUGAGGCAUCUAAACCAGCUGAGGGGGAUGACGCAGGGGAGGAGGAGGAGGUGGAAGAGGGAGAAGAUAUGAAUGAAAAUGUGGCUGUUCAAACGAAAAAUGCCAAAGUUUGUGUAGCAGACAAGAGUGUGGAUCAGCAGGGUCCAGAUGGGGAAAGGACAGAGCAGCAGGCAGUCCGAGAGGUGGAAGUGCAUGUGCCGGCAGCAGGAAGCUCCAACCAGAGUGCAGUAUACCCUGCUGGUCUGGCUCCAGUAAUCAUCCAGACCUCUAGCAAGAAGACUCUCAAGUGCCCCAAAUGUGACAAAACCUUUGACCGUGCAGGGAAGUAUGAAAGUCACACCAGAGUGCACACGGGAGAGAAACCAUUCCAGUGUGACAUUUGUCUUCAGCGUUACUCCACCAAGUCUAACCUGACUGCACAUAAGAAGAAGCACACCAGCGACGCUCCCUUUCAGAAGAAGGAGCACAGAUGCUCCCUCUGCAGCAAACUCCAUGCCAGUAAGAAAACCCUGGCCAAACAUGUCAGGAGGUUUCAUCCAGAGCACAUCCAAGAGUGUCUUACGAAGAGGAAGAGGAAGAGUGAAGGCUGGAAAUGUGCUAUUUGUCUGAAGACCUUCACUCGCAGGCCUCAUCUGCAGGAGCACAUGAUCUUGCACACCCAAGACCGGCCUUUCAAAUGCACCUUCUGUGACGAAUAUUUUAAGUCAAGGUUUGCCAGGCUGAAGCACCAAGAAAAGUACCACUUAGGUCCUUUUCCCUGUGAGAUCUGUGGCCGACAGUUUAACGACACAGGCAACAGAAAGAGGCACAUCGAGUGCACUCAUGGAGGAAAAAGAAAGUGGACCUGCUUUGUAUGUGGGAAAUCAGUAAGGGAAAGGACAACACUGAGGGAGCACUUGAGAAUCCACAGUGGGGAGAAGCCUCACCUCUGUAGCAUCUGUGGCCAAAGUUUCCGUCAUGGCAGCUCCUACAGACUCCACCUCAGAGUCCACCAUGAUGAUAAACGCUACGAGUGUGAUGAAUGUGGGAAGACCUUCAUCCGCCAUGAUCACCUGACCAAACAUCAGAAAAUACACUCUGAUGAGAAAGCACACCAGUGUGAAGAAUGUGGAAAGUGCUUCAGGCGCCAUGAUCAUCUGACAGUCCACUACAAAAGUGUUCAUCUAGGAGAGAAAGUCUGGCAGAAGUAUAAAACCGCUGUGCAUCAGUGUGAGGUUUGCAAAAAAGAAUUUAAAGGAAAGUCCAGUCUAGAAAUGCACUUCAGGACUCACUCAGGUGAGAAACCCCACAGAUGUCCUGAGUGCCAUCAGACAUUUCGGAUCAAGAAGACCUUGACAAAGCACAUGGUGAUUCAUUCAGAUGCUCGUCCUUUUAACUGUCCUCACUGCAGCGCCACCUUUAAAAGAAAAGACAAGCUCAAGUACCACGUUGACCAUGUGCACAGCGCCCGGUUUACUGAGCAGCCCCUCAGCACACUCAGCGAGGACAAAAUAGUCUCCGUUCCUUUUGAGGACACCUCAAAGACAUACCAUGUCGAACCUAAGUCAGCCCUCCAGAGAACCUCCCCUUCCACCAGUGUCUGCGUGCCUGUCAAUUUAGUUCCUGUCCAGAUGGCAGGAGGAGCUCAGGGGGACUUGAACACUCACGGGGCUUCAUCUCUCUCCUCCCGGCCUCACAGUGUUUCAAGCAUGCAGGCUCAAGGACAGCAGCAGAACUCCAGCUACCAGCCUGCUACAGAUCUGGCGUUCUUAGAGAAGUACACCCUCACCCCCCAGCCUGCUAACAUCGUCCACCCUGUGAGGCCUGACCAGAUGCUGGACACCCGAGAGCAGUCCUAUAUAGGCACACUGCUGGGACUGGAUUCAGCUUCCUCUGUGCAGAACAUUUCCGGCUCUGAUCAAAUACACUGAUGCUACUCAGCCAAAACGUUGGCCAUUAAAGGCACAGCUCCACAAACUUACCCAGACAUUUAAAUCAGAAGAGCAGAAGCUACGGUGUUCACCACAACAACAGACUCAAGAUGGGACAAUUUUUUUCAUGUAAAAUGAUUUUAGACCAAAACUACACAGUUUUGACCCUGGUGCAGCAUAUGAUGAUGUUCAGUCUGUCCUCCCAGGAAAGUUUUUUUUUGCUUUUAUAAUUGGUUUAAUCAAUUAGUAGAAACAUGAAUUACUGUUUUGAUAAACUAAUAGAUCAUUCAUCCAUCAUUUGGUCUGAAUUAAUUAGUUUACCAAAUAUCUCUACUGAUAAUAAAAAAAACAUUAACAUUAAGCUUGUAAAACUGAGGAUACUUAAACUAAGAGGCCUUAACAUAUGUUACAACCUGUCAGUCAGAUGUGUUGGGUUAUAAUAGGUUGUAAUAGGUUAGGACAUGGUUUAUCACUCAUGCUACAUACAUACUGUAUUAGCCCAGUGACUAAGUAUUUAGAAGUUGAUGUACUUAUGAAUGUUGGCUAGUACCUAAUUUUAAAUAGACAUUAAAAUGUGAUUUUAACAAAUGAAACUUUUUUAGUAACUCACGAGUGGAAAAACAAAAAAAGCAGUAAAGUGGAAUGUAAACAAAGUAAUAAACUACUGGUUGACUCUUAGGGUGAUUCUGCUGGUGGAUUUAUCUGUUUGGCAGCAGUUGCAGACAUCUAA